AUGGCGUCGGGUGUGCAGUUGCUUGUGACUACGGCGGUGGUCUCGGUGCUGCUCGUGUACAUCGCUGCCGCCAAUGGUAGUACCUCCUCCGAAGGUAUCCCGACUCUAAAAUGCGAAAAACAGACAAGCAGGCAAGUUACAAAUAAAGAAGUGGAGAAUGGAGGGGCUCCGGUUGUCUUGAGAUGGCAAGCCACAUCACCGGGUUCCCAGAUAAAAUUGGAGUGUGCAGGAAACGAUCAGACGUGGGACCCCCAGCUUAGUCCCCUCGAAGGGGGUGAUGAUAAGAAAAGAGUAGAGUCUGUUUACGUAGACACUGAGGGACCCACAUCCGUGCAGCUGCAAACUGCGAUUCCAGGCGCAACAGGGACAACGGACGGUGGAUCAAGGAGCGGCAACACAGCAGUAAUUCUAACCUUUCCGCAGCUGCCAAAUGUAGAGAAAACCAUCUACAUACGCUGCGAAGCGAAUCAAAACGCAGUCGUUGUCAAGGGCCGUAAGGGAGCAGAUGGGAAGCAAGUCUGCGUUUUCGCACUGACGGUGCCAGCGCCACUUCCACAAGGUCCACAGUCGUGCGCAGCUUUGGGCACCACUGUCAUGUUGGGAAUUCCAGGAGAGGGAGACACCACGCAGUUUAACUGUGGAUCCGGAAUGAAGCUGAGCCCGACAGACAGAAAGAAGGUGUAUUCGGAUGACUGCAUCACCGAAGAGGGUUUAAAAGAUAUGACCCUUACGCCCCCCGGGAGCACGUCACCGGGUUUCUACACUUUGAAAGCUGACAAGAAUCCGCCGAAGAAGAGGAUUUGCUACUUGUGUGAGGAAGAUGCAGGACUUGCCCAAAAGACCACCGAAAACUGCAAAAUAGUGAUCGCCCUUCGCGGAGGCUCCCAAUUCUCUGCACGAUCAGUGUUCGGCGUCGCACUACCCUGUGUGCUGGCGUUGCUUCAUCUUGCCUGA